GUGGGAGGUAUUGCGAUUGCUGUGACCCCCUCUGGGGCCGGAGGAGGAGGAGGAGGAGGAAGCGGCCGCCAUUUUAACCCGCGAACGACGGCGGCGGCGGCGGACAGCGACGACGACGGCGGCGGCGGCAGAAGCAGCAGAACAGGCGAGACCAGCGAGAAACUGGUGCCAUGGGGAACAUAAUCGACCGUCUCCUCAAGGGAAUGUUUGGGAAGAAGGAGAUGAGGAUUCUCAUGGUGGGAUUGGAUGCAGCUGGAAAGACCACCAUCCUCUACAAACUCAAACUGGGAGAAAUUGUCACUACCAUCCCCACCAUUGGUUUUAAUGUGGAGACUGUAGAGUACAAGCAAGUCAGCUUCACAGUGUGGGACGUCGGUGGGCAAGAUAAAAUCAGGCCCCUCUGGCGCCACUAUUUCCAGAACACACAAGGCUUAAUCUUUGUAGUGGACAGCAAUGAUCGGGAGCGUGUGAACGAGGCGAAAGAAGAGCUGAACCGUAUGUUGGCGGAAGAUGAGUUGAGGGAUGCUUCCUUGCUGGUGUUUGCAAACAAGCAGGACCUGCCCAACGCCAUGACCGCUGCUGAGAUCACAGACAAACUGAGCUUGCACUCUCUGCGCCAGAGAAAGUGGUACAUCCAGGCCACGUGCGCGACCAGCGGCGACGGGCUAUACGAGGGGCUGGAUUGGCUGUCCAAUCAUCUUUGUACAUCCAAAUGAUCGAUCCCGUUUCCCCGAAUGCCUCCGCCUGACCAGCGAGCUGCUGCUGCUGCUGCUGCAUGUGUGUGUGUGUGUUUGGUGUAGAGUGGGAGCAGCUUCACCACGUGCCUUGUCUAGUUAAACACAGAGGGAUUGAAGGACACUACGUACUGAACGAGUAUUAGGAUAAAACUGUGAAACUUAUUUUAAUACAAAUAAAAAAAACAAAUCCGUGCGGAGAGGGGGAGUGGGGGGGAGGGUUUGGGGGUGGUGGGGAGAGGAUCAUUCAUUUGCUUCAGAGCGAUUACCAGCAACUCCUGCAGAAUUAUCGUGUUACCUGCAUUACCUCGGCUGCCCCCCACCCACCCCCCGUAAUAAGGAAGUGAAUGCGAGCAUAAUCCUCUCCCCCUUUUCUAAUUUAACAAGGUGCUUGUGAGAUGUGCAGCUCAGCCAGCAGCUUUUCACUGCAGGAGAAUCUCAUUAGCUGUCUCUCAAACUGAGCUGGGACCUGACAAGUCCUUGUGGGGUGGUGGGAGAGGUGAGGUUGGGAGUCAAGGUGGGUGGGUGUGUGUGUGUGUGGGAUGGCUUUUUGCUGUCCUUGCGUUGUAACGCACACUGGAUCGGAAUUGAUGCAGCGAUCUGCAGUGAAAAAAUUCUCUUGUUGUUGAGUGCAAGUCCCAGUUCAUCCUGUCCCCCAACUCCGCACGGCUGGUAUAAGCUUCGUUCAGAACCCGUUCGAUCCCGUCAAAUAUUUAGAGGUCACUUGAGGCAGCUGCUCCCAUUCCUCUGUUUCGUAAAGAUUUCGAGCGACACUUGUAUGUAUUUACUACUGGGGUGGGGGGAGGGUGUGGGGGGGAGAACAUCAAUCAGAAUGUCUAACUAAUCCUCUUUCUUUGUUUCCAACACCAUGAACUCAGCCAAAAAAUAGUGCUCAGUCUCUCAGUCGCUGCAAACUCUCCAGACAAAAGUAGCUUCAAAAGCACGUGGAUCUUUAAAGCACAUAGACCUGUAUGUGGCAUUAAACUGGGGAGAUGGACAGAACAGAGAGAGCUUACCUGUCUCCCACACCUCCUCAGUAGUCUAACUGGAGGUUGUAACCAAAAGAGAUGAUUGUGUGAAGCUGUGGACAGGUUGAUGUUUUAUUUAGAGGUUUAUUUAUGCUGCACAGGCCUAGUCAGCAGGUAAUUUCCAAUAGAUGUGCUCAUUGCUGAGUUAGUGACCCCCAGGAGACCAUAACUGACUCCACUUAUUUGACUUGGCUUUGAGCUGCAAUGUUGAUGUGGGGUUUGGGGGGGAAAUCAAAGCUCCCAUUGGGGGUAUCCAAUCCUUUCGCAAUGAGCGAGGGCAGCCAGCGUUGUUAAACCGAUGUAAUGUAAGAAUAUAUUUUAGUGGGGGCAGCAUUACAUGUGGAGCUGUAAUAACCGUAUGAAGCGUUGAGUUUUCUCUGUACAAAUGAAGGCUGAUGACAAAUGGUGCAAAUGUCUUAUCUGAACUAAGAUGAAGUUUGGUUUGUGUUUCGUUUUUUUUAAAACCAUAUUUGACAACCUGUCUUGAGAGAGAUGCACUAUUAUCUAAGAGAUCUCUAUUAGAAUAAACUUGUCAUUACAUACGCUGCAUUGGGGUGCCUGUAUAGGACUGAAUCUGUGUUGGCUUGUGAGUGUGAGUGUGUGUGGUGGAGGGAUGGGGAGAGACUUGUUUGGAAAUAUUCUGGCAAUAAAGGUUCAAACUCCGCCUUA